AUGAACCUCAGUGCGACGCAGGUCAUCCUCGGCGCGACCAACCUCUCCAACGCCCAAGAGACGGGCCGCCUGAUUCCUGAAAUUGCCGGCGUUUACGUUCACGAGCACUUUGCGCUGAAGCACCUGGAGGGCAGUCUGGUGGUGGAGAACGAUCUGACGCUGAUCAAGCUAAAGGAGCCGGUUGAUUUCGAGGUCCACCGAGGGCAGAUUGCGCCCAUCUGUUUGCCCUCUGAGCAGAUGGUGGUCAGCAAGAGUGACUGCCAGAUUGCCGGCUGGGGCAGGGUGCACACUAAUGAGAAAAACCACGGUCCGCUGAAGUACGCCGACGUGCAGCUGCUGAGCGCCGCCGAGUGCAAUCACCUUCGAGGCCCUCAUAAGCACCCGCUGACGGAUGCGAACAUCUGCGCCGGCUACCGCGAUCACCACACCUGUAGGGGUGAUUCGGGGGGUGAUCUGGGCUGCCGCAGUAGUUCUAAUCCUAACCAGUGGAUUCUGGUGGGCGUCGACUCAUUUGGGCCGAAGAUUUGCGAGUCAAAUGCGCCCUCGAUGUUUGUUAAUGUAGUGAAGCAGCUGGCGUGGAUUGAGGCGACGAUGAGGGCGCAUGCCAACAACUGA